CCAAAGGCUAUCCUGGAAGGUGACAUUUACAUAUUUGGUUGCCUGGGGAUUGUAUGGACGACCGUCUCAAUUGGGUUUGAAGCAACAGGUGUCGCGAAAAAGCGUGAAAAGGACGAAACGGCUAAACAGGACAAGGACGAGAUCACAAACAUGAAAAGUGUUCCAUUUUGCCGUAUCUUGACGUCGGGGGCUGUAUGGGCCUUAUUUCUGUUACACGUAUUGUUUUACACUUGGGACCCAAACUUGCUUCCACUCUACUUCAACCAAAGCUUUGGCACGAAGGUUGAACUGGCGGGAGUCCUAGCUGGGAUUCCAAUACUAGCAUUUGGAGCCUUAGAGCCGGUGUUCGCUUUGUUGGGAAACUUCCUCUGCAAGUAUGUCACAACAACUGUCGCGCGAAAGGCCAUGGCUGUCACUGCUUGUCUCUGCACUUCUGGAUGCCUUGUCGUGGCGGCCUAUACCACCAACUUUGCCGUGGCAGCCUGUUUCGUCGCCGUAAGCUUUGGAUGUUCAGCAGCGAGGGUAGCGGUUGCCGAUGCCAACGCCUUUGACAUCGCACCUCGAUACGCCAGCGUGAUAUCUGGGCUCUGCCGAGUUUUGUGUCGUAUCGUGGGGCUGACCUUCCCACUGUUAGUGGCAGCACUCACAAAGGAUAAGACGUUUGAGGAAUGGUCCAACGUAGUCCUGAUGAAUGCCUGUGUGUUUGCGGUGGUCGCCCUCUUCUUUGGAGUCUUCGGGAGCGGGAAGGAACAACCUUGGGCCGCGGUGCCAUCGCAAGGUCAAAAUGGCGACGGAAUCCAACAGGCUGGCAGUAUUAACGGUGAAAAAGAUGAUGAGAUACGACCGCUAGUCCUCAAAUGAAAACACGAGGAUUUUUGACAUAGUUCGUCUCGAAAGCUUCCUGAAGCUAAUUGAACUUUAGUUGUGUGUGUGUGUUGUUUAAAUUUUUGUCAAAAAUAUGUCAACACCACAACAUGUUAACUUCUUUCAAGACCAGGAUUCUUUGCACUGAAUGCUAAUGUCAAGAUAGAACUACUUUUGUACCAUUUUUAAACGAAAUCCCGGCUCGGAAAAGUCUGCCUUCGCACGCCGCCUUCAAAAAACGGAAUUUGAUUCUUCACUAUUGCAAUCACAGUGGAUACAAAUCUUCCAAAAUUCACCGCUUGAUCUCUUGUCAUCGAUAGCCAAAAAUCUAAAGGCGACAUCAAGUGAGCUUUAUUUUAGGACAGUUAAUAGUUUAUAGUUUAAUAGAGGUGUAUAAGAAUGAAAAAUCAAUAAACACUCAAUAUAAAUGUAAUUAUAUUAUAUAAUUGUAUAAAAUGUUCUUACACUCCAAGAAACUCAUACAUAGAUAUCAUUACACAAAAGACUGAGCUUGUUACCACAACGUUAAUCGAUCGCUCACUAGCUAUAAGGGGCGACCAACAAAUUUUUGACCUCAACCAGAUAAAUGGUGCACAACUAAAAUUGUGUUCUUUCAUUCAGGCAACAUGCAAUGUUAUUCAACUCAAAGAGAGUGUCACUUGAGAACUUUGGUUCUUAGCAUUUCGAUAAUUCAUUCCGUUGACUCAGAACAUCAGUCAUUUAUACCUGAAGACUACAAUGUAUUCAUGUAAAUAAUCUUGAUGUACAUGUAUGACAUUUUGUGAGCUUGCUCAUUGUUGUUUCAAUAAAAUCUAAUGAAAA